ACUAUUAUUAAAGUUAACAAAAGAUGUUAGCAAAUUUACGCACUGUUACAAUAGCUGGUUUACCCGUAAACACUUCUUUUGUAUAUUCAACGGCUCCAUUAUUUGAAUUGUUCAAAGAUAUGCGUUCGUAAUAUCAGUACAGUAUCUAUGAAAUAGAACAAUGCAGUGUCACAGACAAAAAUUAUUUAAAAUCUUGUGACAAAAUCACGGGAGGGAUUUAAUCGCAUAUCUCACACAUUCAUAUCUAUAUCCGUGGAUUUUACGGUGUUAACAGUUUUUGAAGUAGAAAGACAAGAGGCGCUUUGUAGAUAAAUUGAUACAUAAAUUGUAAAAUUAUUAUGUAGUUGUUUGUUUGUGGAUACGAAUUCACAAUUUAUCAAGCCUAUAUUAAAAACAAACUCGCGAAAUGCUACACGAAUAAACAUAGAGGAUGCGCUCAUGAUCCACUGGGAUGUCCAUCUAGCGGAAAACCAUGUUGCCGUCAAGUUAUAUAAGACGGCUUCGAACCAAGGACCUGAUUCAGCACAAUUUUCCGGACGCAUCGAAUCGUACUUUCACAAGGUUCGGCGGAAACACGUUCACGAGAGUCGACUUUGCCGACCGGAAGGCGACCCACGCUUAUCUCCCCUACCUGCUGCGAGAACGGACAAAAACGCACCACAGCUCUAGAGUUUCCGGUCAGAUUAAUCAAGUCCUGGAGAGAUUGUCUGAGAUUGACAAGAAAGCGCACGAUGAGGAGCUGAUUUUCAAGCGAAAGUUAAAGAUUGCGUUUCCGUUUGAGAAACGAGACACUCCGAUUCCGCCCCAGCGGCUAGAGCGCCAAUUUAGCCGCGUGAGCAAUGCCAGCAAAGUGAGUAAGCUUCAGCCGAUUAAAGAGGGUAAGGAAUCUACAAAGACAAUUGCGAGAAAGGACAAAGGGACAAAAGAUAAGGGAACGAAAGAAAAUGUCAAGAAAAAUAAACUAGUUCAGCAGGAAAUUCCGCAACCGAUUGUAGAUACCAUAGAGAACUUGACACGUGAAAGAAUGACAGUAAUUGCCAAGAUGCUCAUGAAAGACAAACGUAUGUCACAAUGCUACAAACAGAACCCGAAUCGAAUAGAAAUAUUUCAACCAACUGUAAUCGAAGCAACACCGGCGUGGAGUCAAGAAGUCAAGCCAGACCUGUUCAUUUUAGUGCCAAUAAAAUCUCUAAGGUUUCUCAAAUGGAAAUGCACAUUCCGAGACGUCGGCUACUUAGAGAUCACUCUACCUACUAAGCCCGCUAAGAACCGAGUUGACGUCUACGCUCCAUUGCGGGCAGACGACGAAAUCCACCUGUCAAGUUCUAAAUUAAAUAAAGCACUUGUCGAAGUUUUCCUGGCCGGAUUAAAAGUAGCAAAAUUCAGUGAUUUCAGUCUUAUGCCGGAAUUAAACUUUGAUUAUCUUACAGACACAUUGGAGCUGGUGUAUACCAAACAUUUGCGAAUUCCUCUCGUACCCGUGCUAUACCUAGGUACCGACGAGCCUUAUUACGCGAUCAAACCCAAUCUACCUGAUCUUGAUCCGACUUCGGACACGUUGUUCCGCGCGUGCUUUAUCGUACAGGAGGAGAAUAUCCUCAAGAAAAUCUCAUCCACCGACAACGGUCUCCGUAUGGACGCCCUCAAAGUGAUCCACACUCUGUGCAAGCAGGAUUGGCGACUACAGGCUUUAUCAGUAUUCCAGCUCAAAAACGUCCUCAUGCACGAUAUUGACUUUGAAAUCGAUCAUUCGCCGAGAUGGCAAAGAUUGACUAGGGAUAUAUGUGUUCAUUCCAUCCUCAAACGUCUGUUAUAUUUCGUCAAGAAACGAAAACUGCCGCAUUUCUUCCAGCCCGAUUUCGACUUGUUUUCCGGAAUACCCGACAAAACACUGAUUUUGAUGCAGACGCCAUUAGAACGCCUAGUUAGCAACGAGCCUCAGUUGCUGAGGGACCUACAGCGGGCCUCCAGGAGCUAUGAGUCUAGUGAUUCCAGCUCCGAAAGCGACGAGGACUGGUGGUAAACAAGCCCUAGUUUGAGGGGGGUGACAAACAAUGCUUGAUCUUAUGGACUGGUGUCAAACAAGCCUCUGUUUUAGAGUUGUGAUAAACAAAACUUUAUAUUAACCCUUUGCAUGCUGGGAAAUUUGUCGUCUGCUAAAAUGUCGUCUGCUGAAUUUCUAAAAUUAGCCAUUUCUUUCAAAGAAUACUAUCAGAAUAGCAAACAGUUUGGAUCCUGAUGAAACGCCACGUUCUGUGGCGUCUCAUCUGGAUCCAAACUGUUUGCAAAGGCCUUUAGAACUCGGUUCCAGCACUGAAAGGGUUAAUAACUGGUGGUAAACAAGACGCCUUUGUUCGAGGGUGGUGACCAACAAGGUUGGUGGUAAAAAAACGAGUCCCAGUUGUCCUAAGAGACUCAAACGUAUGGGACCCGAUAAACAAGCUCCAGCCCUGGUUUUGUACGUGACCUGAACUCGGGGCACUGCAGAUCACACGUACACACACGAUAAUACAACGCUGCAAAAAGUUGUACAAUUAUGUAAUGAACCUUCUGCCGGAUGUUUUGUUGUUCAGAUCGGUUCCCAAAUCUUCAACAUUUGAACGUGAAUUACCAUCUUUAAUUAAUUUUAAUAGCUUUUAUUUGUUUCAAAACCGCAA